GAACAGAGAACAAGGAAGCAACAUGUGCCGUGCUUAAGUCCAACAACACAUUAGCGAAGGUCGGUGGAGCGGAGAGGAGCGAAGCGCAUUCAUUGCCGGGUUUCCCACUAAAAGGACACUUUAAUAUUAAACAAAAAGAAUGAAGAGAGAAGUAAAAGCAGGAGUCGCCUUCUUUAAACGUCUGGUGGUGGCUCGAGGCAAGCUGGAUGAAGCCAAAGCAGAGCGGUUCGCUGAGAAACUGCAGAAACUUUUAUGUGACAAAUACUGUGACCACUGGUACCCUGAAAGCCCCACCAAAGGCCAGGCAUACAGAUGUAUCCGGAUAAAUAACUGUGGACCUUGUGAUGAGGUGGUGCUUAAGGCCUGUGAGGAGAGCGAGCUUACGCCCAGCGAGCUGGGGCUUCCAUUUGAGAUUACGCUGUGGAUCGAUCCGCUGGAGGUGUCUGUAAGGUCUGGGGAAAACGGCAGACCUUUUACAAUAGCUCAUUUCAUUGAAGGAGAGGGGAGUGCAAAGGCAGACCAGGACGACUCCUCCGUGAACCUGGACACGUCAGAUUACCACUCCGCCACCUCAUCAGAUUGCAGCUCUGUCUCGUCCAGUGACACAGAAGAGGAUGCCAAGGAUGGGGAGCUGGAGUAUCACAAGAAACUGGAGGAGCAUGAGAAAAAGGAGGCAGCAGAAGGCAACGCCUACACAGUGACGAUGGUGCCCAGGAUCAGGAAAGGGAAUGGAGAAGCACUAAAUAAACUCAGAUAUGUCAGAAAGAAGAUUCCUGCCAGUCUCCAGUAUUUCUACCAUCCGACACCCGUGUGGUCCCAGUACAAAAAGGGGACUCCGGUGUUCCUGACCACAGUGUGUGCGUCCCCCGCACCGCCUUCUCCACCCCAGCAGGUUUUUGGUUACUACAUCAUGCCACAGCCGUCUCCACAGUUCAUCCUGUCUCAGGCCGCCCUGCAGCCGUGGGGAGCGGUGAAGGGUUAGAGCAUCUGUAGACCUGGGGAGGGAGGGGGUGAAACCAGAUGGACCACCUUCUUUGAAUGAGCCAUGUAGUGAAGAGUCUGAGUUUAGCUGCAUUUGGGCCAAAAAGAGUAACUUUUAAAAAUUGCCAUGUAUAAAGCUAUUUCUUGCACAAUCCUUAACAACUCUGCUGAAUUGUAGUUUUUUUUAAUACACAGCACAGCAAAACCACUGUACCUGAGCUAAAUAUUUUUAAUCUGCUGGUGUUUCUGCACUGCAAUUUUAAAAAAUGUACUUUAUUUAUUAAGAAUGAUUUUUUGUUUGUUUUUUUUUAUCACUGGGUGGACCAACUCAGGAACUCUUAGCAAUAUGCUUUAUGCCAAAAAAGUUAUUUUGUAAUGAUGAUCAUUGUCAAACAUGGUUCUCUGUGCACAAUCUUUGUAAAAUGUAAAUCAGGGUCUUCAUGUAUGUUAACUACAGUGAGAAUAUCUGUAUAUUAAGACAAUUAUUUCUGCUGAACAGCUUGUAUAUACUUAGGAACAUACAUAUACCCACAUUCUGAACUUUGUAUUUUGUUGUAAUUUAUUUUACCACCAGUAGAUGGUGGUCAAGUUGCAUCGAAUACAUGAAAUUGUAUAUUUUUUUAUGAGGCGUAGUCUCUGUACAUUGCAAGUCUUAGUUCACAAACAAAUCCUCUUGCUCACUGCUUUUUAAAUUGUUGUAAAUAAUCUUUAUUAUCUGCUGCAGCUGUAUAAAAGAUGGAUACAAAUGCAUGCUUCAUUCACUAAAUUCAGUGUUGAUUUGGAUAAAUAUUUAUUAACUGUCCUAACAGUUUUAAGCUUGUGUGUUCAUUAAUUUGUCUUUACUAUUCAAAUGAAACUUUUACCUCUUUUACUGCAGAUUAAACCAACUUCAUCUUAA